GCGCGCGCGGAUUAUCGUUUAGUCUGCCUUUGAAUUUCUCACCGUUCGGUUGUGUUAUUGCACGGCGUCGAAACCGGUUUAUUUUUGGACGUGACUGCUGCGGCGCGAGUUUGUUCAAUUAAAAUUGUUUACUUUAACUGAAAAGCUACGGCAUAUUCCGCUCUCAGGCCACCUUCAAUAUGUUGGGGACGCUGUUCACACUUGCCCUCUUAGCCCUGAUGCUUUGCGGCUUCAUCUUCUCCAAGACCACCAAAGGUAUACCCAAGUCCUGGUAUGAGUGGAAAACAGAAUUUCGAUACCAGUAUAUGGGCAUUGUGGGACUUAUACACGAUGCGCAAUACGCGAAGCGCGAUCGCGUGGCAUUGUACAAGCAACCGGAUCGGAUUGCUGUCAUCACCGGCGGCAAUCGAGGCAUUGGUUUGCGCAUUGUAGAAAAAUUAUUGGCCUGCGACAUGACUGUCAUAAUGGGUGUCCGCGAUCCACAAAGUGCAGAGGCCGCCGUGCGGUCCAUUGUCGAUAUUAGUCAGAGCAGUGGGAAGCUCAUAUGCGAGCAGCUCGACGUGGGCGACUUGAAAUCCGUGCGAGCCUUCGCACAGCGCAUAAAGGAGAAAUACACAAAAAUAGAUUUGUUGCUAAACAAUGCCGGCAUUAUGUUUGCGCCCUUCAGGCUGACCGCCGACGGCUACGAGUCGCAUUUCGCCAUCAACUACUUGGGACACUUCCUGUUGACGCACUUGCUCUUGCCACAACUGAAGGCGUCCGGUCGUUCCGGCAGGAACUCCCGUAUUGUGAACGUGUCGUCUUGUGUGAACCUCAUUGGACGUAUCAAUUAUAAGGACAUUAAUGGACUCAAAUAUUAUUAUCCCGGCACUGCCUACAGCCAAUCGAAACUCGCCCAAAUACUCUUCACACGUCAUCUGCAACAUCUGCUGGAUGAGCAACAGGCGCCUGUCCAGGUGAACGUCGUCCAUCCGGGUAUUGUGGACACAGAUCUGUUUGAGCACUCGGCAACCACUUCGGUGCCCUUUAUGAAGAAGCUUUUCUUCAAGACACCCGAGCGAGGAGCACGCACCGUCGUGUAUGCGGCUAUUGAUCCAGCUAUCGAAGGCCAGGGCGGCACAUAUCUGAGCAACUGCGGCAAGGGUCCAAUGCACGGGGAUGCCAAGAAGCCGGAGAAGUGUGAGAAGUUCUUCAAAUACUCAUGCGAUUUGCUGAACAUCAAACAGUAUGGCAAUGGUGAAAACUGAAACUUCGUGCUCUUUAUUUAAGCAAAACAAAUGAAACACUCAACCUCUUGUACUCCUCCAUUUUUUUAUAACCCUACCCUUCUGUCCUCGUGGUGCAACGUACAUUUAUGAUCGCUAUUUUUGUAAAGCAUUUUUGCAAUACACUUACAAACUAUUUUUAUACAUGUGUAUGUAGAAA